CGUCGUCGCUUCGUUUAUCCCACUACUUUCACCUCUUCCAAUUGGCGACAGUUGACUAUUUGCUACAGCAAUUUUGUGUACGGUCGAUUAAUUUAAAAAUAAGCGUGCUCCAAUAACAAGAAAAUGGGAUCAGGAAAGCAACAGAAAGUGCAAUCGUCUGGAUUCACCAAGGAAGAAGAGUUGCUACUGCAAGAUUUCAGCCGUAAUGUAAGCACAAAAUCUUCCGCAAUAUUCUAUGGCAAUGCUUUCAUCGUAUCGGCGAUACCUACUUGGCUCUUCUGGCGUGUGCACAAUAUGGAUUUGCUCUCAAGUGCAUUUUUCUUUCUGCUACUAACCGGCGCUAGCACUUACCUAAUGGCAAUGGCCUAUCGCAACAUCAAAUUCCAAUUGAAACAUAAAAUCGCUAGUCGUCGCGAAGACGCAGUAACACGCGAAAUCAACCGUCAAAUUGGUGAUGAUAAAAAAAUCACACGUAAGGAGAAAGAUGAGCGCAUCUUAUGGAAGAAAAAUGAAGUUGCAGACUAUGAAGCCACUACAUUCUCAAUCUUCUAUAAUAAUGCGCUUUUCUUGGCCAUCAUCAUCUUCAUUAGCUUUUUCCUGCUGAAAAACUCAACGCCUCUGGUUAAUUACAUUUUCUCAAUUGGCUUAGCCAGUGGCGCUUUAGCGCUAUUCUCCACAAGCACUCAAACAAAUUAAACUGAAGCUGCUAAUAUGUGCUACAGCUACAACGGUAGCAGCAAAAACGGUCGAAGUUGUAUGUUUCGCAGUUAUGAGAUUUACUAUUUAAUUUCUAUUUUUUUAUUAAACACCAAAAAUGUUUAACAUAGCAUAAAUAUGUGAACCAUAAUGUGACAUACAUACGUAUGGUGUGAACGAGAAGCCAUUGGAAGUAUUUUUACUUUCAACUUAAAUCAAGGAAUGUUGUGCAAAAGAAUUAAUAUUAACUAAGGAAAAAAAAACAAAUAAAACACGCGAUUAGAAUAAAAUUUA